UUUUGUAUUUGACUUUGGAGAUUCCCUGAUAUAAGUUACAUGUCGUGCGAAAUGAGGGAGGAGAACAAUCCAUUGAGAGAACGGGAUUAGAACAAUCAAGGCCGAUGCUCUUUAACGAUAUUACUGCAAGCGGAUCCAACUUGAUUCUCGAUAAAAUUGUGACACUAACGAGAUCGUCAUGCCAUGAACUUCCGGCGAAGGAUAUAUAAAGCCGCACGCUCUCCCACAUCCGUACACAGAGUAAUGUUGUUUGUCCACUUCGCAAUAUGCGACUAUUCGGUGUGUUACUAUUGCUCCUCACCUGCCAACUCGUCACGUCGACACCAAUUUUUGACAGAGAUGGUGCAAGUCUGCACCGAGAGUAUCGAUCUGCUGUCGGAGACACAAUACGGGAUUGGUUCAGGAUAAUCAAGAAUAGAGUCGUAGGAAAAUUGCACGAAUGGUUCGGCAACGAUGAUCCAACUCCGACUUUCACGGCCCAGGACAUUCUAAACAUAGACAAGACUAUCGGAAGCCGAAUAUCUGGUUAUCCAGGUUUAUUCUUGGACUUGUCUAGUCUAUCCCUCGACCCAAAACAAGAUUGGGGAGUCCGGAUUGGUAACUGGUACAUCAUCCGGAAAGUUACAGGGUAUGACUACAGUCUAGAUAGUGAUUCGGAUGAAUGGCUGAAUGGAGGAGACAUGAGGCCUCUAAUACCAAAUCUGCCUUCAACUCCUAUAUUGGGAAUCAAUUGGACACCUAAUUGGAUACCUAAUGUACAAGGGAUUCCAGAUUCUAUACCUCCUGCAAUAACCACGCCAAAGAUCGAAUCGACUACAUUGCGACAAACGUCCCAAACUGUUGAUGAAACUGAAGCAGUUGUGACUUCCACAGAAUCACAUCUGACAACUUCUGAGGAACCUACGGUGACAUCUGCCGAACCAAUUUCAUUUACUACUCGUUUAAUUACAACUUUCACAGACUCAAUUGUGGCUGCAACUGAGAGAAUUUUUACUUCUGGUGAAUCAGUUGUAACGAAUAAUGAAUCAUCUACCAGUUCAAUGUUAACAUCCACUGUAUCGGAUGUAAAUUCCACCGAAUCUACUAUUACUGAGUUUACUGUGACUUCUGAGUCUACCUCUUCUGAAUCAUCUACUGAAUCUGCUACAACUGAUAUUGAAUCAGUUGUAACAUCUACUGAAGAAAUCCUAACAACCGAGCCACCUACAACGUCUACCGAAUCAAUUUUACCUAUUUACAAUAAACGAAUAGAAGAUAAUGAAAUUGUCACUAGACGUACAACGCAAAAACCACGUCCAGCAUCUGCUGAGGUCAUAUUUUAAUAAUAUAAAGAUUAUAUAUUGCACAAAAAAAUAAAAAUUUAAGCAUACGAGAUAAAAUUCAACUAUAAAACUCAAAAUAAAUUGUAGAUGAUAAUAUAGUGAGCAAGAUAAAAAUGUUAGUAAACAAUAUGUAAAAGAAACAUGAAUAAAUGAAUUUUACCGAAAGCGUGAGAAUGAAUUAAAUAUUUAA